GUUACACAUCAGAGAAGUCACACAGGUGAGAAUCCAUUUUCUUGCUCUGAGUGUGGGAAAUGUGUUAGACGGAAAUCACAACUUGUUACACAUCAGCGAAGUCACACAGGUGAGAGGCCAUUCCCAUGUUCUGAGUGUGGGAAAUCUUUUACACACAAAUCACAUCUUGUUAAACAUCAGCGAAGUCACACAGGUGAGAAUCCAUUUUCAUGUUCUGAGUGUGGGAAAUGUUUUACACACAAAUCGUAUCUUGUUAUACAUCAGAGAAGUCACACAGGUGAGAGGCCAUUUCCAUGUUCUGAGUGUGGGAAAUGUUUUACAUACAAAUCGUAUCUUGUUAUACAUCAGAGAAGUCACACAGGUGAGAAGCCAUUUCCAUGUUCUGAGUGUGAGAAAUGUUUUGCACGGAAAUCACAUCUUGUUAAACAUCAGAGAAGUCACACAGGUGAGAAACCAUUUUCUUGCUCCGAGUGUGGGAAAUGUUUUACACAGAAAUCACAUCUUGUUAAUCAUCAGCGAAGUCACACAGGUGAGAAACCAUUUUCUUGCUCCGAGUGCGGGAAAUGUUUUACACAGAAAUCACAUCUUGUUAAUCAUCAGCGAAGUCACACAGGUGAGAAUACAUUUCCAUGUUCUGAGUGUGGGAAAUAUUUUACACAGAAAUCAGAUCUUAUUAAACAUCAGAGAAGUCACACAGGUGAGAAGCCAUUUCCAUGUUCUGAGUGUGGGAAAUGUUUUGCACACAAAACAGAUCUUGUUAAACAUCAGAGAACUCACACAGGUGAGAAGCCAUUUUCUUGCUCUGAGUGCGGGAAAUGUUUUACACAGAAAUCAAAUCUUGUUAAACAUCAGCGAAGUCACACAGGUGAGAAUCCAUUUCCAUGUUCUGAGAAGUAAAUCAGCUCUUGUAGACAUCACUCAGGUGAGAAACCAUUUUAAUAUUCUGGGGUAUACUUAUCAUUGCCAUGCGUUGUUCUUCAAGGUUCUUAUCCUAUCUCCUAUGCUUUUUGCAAUAUACAUGCUACCGCAGGGUGAAGUAAUCAGAUGUCAUGCCCUCAUCUACUGUUAUACAGAUGUUAUGCCAAUCCAAAAUGGUUGUCUAGUUGAGCUCCAGGUAUGGGUGAUGGCAGUUGGCUGUGACUCCGUCCUGGUGAAACAGGUCUGUCAUAAGAUAGAAGCUCACCGACAAAGGGCAGGGCUACAGCUCAGCUUUGCAAACCAACCAGACUUGCGCUUGGAGGUUUAGAGUUACAAAAUGCUGAUCCUGUGCGGAAUCUUGGUGUCCUGGAUGGUGGAGUGACACUUAGACAUCACGUAUCAGCCACAAUCAGAUCCUCAUCUGAGGAACAGAGCCAGACUCCAGCACUUAUUUCCCUCAGAAGAUCUACC